CAUCAGUCCAACCCAACUCGCCUCGAGUAUCCAUUCUCAUCUUCUCCCCCUUUCAAGUUGCCUCUGGCGACAAACCUUUCCUUCCAUGAAACAUAUCUUACCCUGCAUGUUAGUACCUCCCCGCUUAUCUACAGCCCACUCGCUCUUUUGUCUUUCGUGCAUGCAUGUGUAUCCACUAGUCCACACUAGUACGGGAGUGCGGAGAGUACAGAGUUUCUAGGAAGGUGGACCUAAAUUCGUUCUAUCGCCCUCCAACCAUCGUCCACUGGGAGAAGUGGAUGUUUCAGGCAGAUCGACAUUCUUGGUCAACCUGCCACCAGACUAAUCUUUUUCAAUUGAGCCAUUCCAUUGGUCUUAACAGUCUCAAUUUGACACAAAUGACUACAUGAAAACAGCCGCUGAUGUGCACACCCUAUUUCAGGGGUGGGUGUACCGACUACACUACGCUUCGGCCUCGCUCGGUACAGACCUUCUGCAUAUGUACGAACAAGCGUCAAUGAACUACCCAGCAUGAAUAGCAGAAGGAUGGGGCAACGCAUAUUGUGCCGCGAUGUGGACUAAAACGGGUAGUCCGUAGUUGGACCAACCAGCCUACUUAAGCUCUCCUGCCUCCAAUCCUUUUGUCCAUUAGUCUGUUUUCCCAAAGUACUUAACAUUUGUCCUACCCUCGCUCCAGUUUAACUUUCGCUUCAAGCAUCUCGAAUUCAUUUCAACGUCUUCCUUCUUCUUCUCAUUUACUUAAUUGCAAGUUUCACUCGCUAUCAAACAUGCAUAACACUUUUGCUCUCGCAGCUCUGGCAAGUGUUGCCUAUGCUCUUCCCCAGGGGGUAACCGAGACUAUCGCUCCUCAAGCCGCUGCUCCAGGAGGUUGCUCACCAUCACUAUCUGGAAAAUUCCAACUCGAAGCUGUCAACUUCACAGCAACUGCAAAGGUCAAGGUACGUGGUCGCUCCGAAAAAAGAAUGAUAGAUUUACGUACUAACCUUUCAUAGCGUGACUCAUGUGGUGCUGAAGGUGUCUUGACGGUCGACCUCAAGGAUGGAAAGCUCACCGAUUCAAAGCAGCGAACUGGUUAUAUUGCAUCAAACUACCAAUUCCAGUUCGACGCUCCACCUCAGACCGGUACCAUUUACUCUGGUGGUUUCUCUGCUUGCAGCAACGGCUCAUUAGCACUUGGUGGAUCCUCAGUCUUCUAUCAAUGCUAUAGUGGUGGAUUCUACAACUUGUACGAUCGAUCAUGGGCCGCUCAAUGCAACCCUAUCCUCCUCCAAAUCUUCCCUUGUGGAGCUGCUCCAGCUGUUGGACAAGCUGGUGAUGGACAGCCACAGGCAACCGCAACCGCAGCUGUCGCUCCAGUCUCCCAGAUUCCAGAUGGACAACCACAGGCAACCACUGCUCUUCCAAACCCAGCUGCUCCUAUUUCCCAAAUCGGUGAUGGACAAGUUCAAGCCACACCAGCUGCUCCUAUCUCUCAGAUUGGUGACGGUCAAAUCCAGGCACCAACAGUUGUUCCCAAGCCACUUGUUCCAAUUUCCCAAAUUGGUGAUGGGCAACCUCAGGUUCCAACUGCUGCUCCUGCUCCUGCUCCUGCUCCUACACCAAGUGCACCUAUCUCACAAAUCCCUGACGGACAAGUUCAAGCUACCCCAGCAGCAUCGCCAUCUGCCCCCAUUUCUCAAAUUCCAGAUGGUCAAGUCCAGGCAGGCAAUGGCUCCGCUCCAGCAGCUCCUAGCAGUGCCCCUUCACCUCCUAUUGUAGCACCUGUCAGCGGCGCUUCCAAGGUCUUUGGAAGCCAAGUUGCCGCCGUGGCAAUCGGUAUCUUCGCCGUCGCAUUCUUGUAAAUCACGCAUUCAGCAUAUUGACGGCCGCAUAUUCUUCAACAUUUUCUUCUGUUUGGAAAAACAAAUAAUAGGGUGAUCAUAUUCCCGACGAAUCACCUGGACAUUUUUCUUUUCGAUUACUUUUCGAUUGGGCGAUGGACAUAAUUCGCGUUAAUGAAUGGUUAUGGAUGGAUUAGGGUGGGGGACCGGGCGACCAUUUUGCUUUCAAAAGUUACGAUGUCAUGCAUGGAACAAACAUGUAACUUACUUUUUUGCUUUCGCGCAGAGGACUAAUAGUCGGGCAUUGCAUUGUUUGGGGUCGGAUUGAUUGCUUUCAUCAUUGCAUAAUUAUCAUAUCCGGGUUGGAUUGGGGUGUUAUCACACUGCAUUUUGCGUGUGGAGACAGGCAGGCAAUGGGAUUGUAUAAUAAUAACAUAAUAACUCUUCAAAUUGCAAAUAAAAUUAAUGUCAAAU